UGUCUCGUUACUCUCGCGAUACCGUCCAUACCUUUAACUUGUCUACGCCUGAGAAAAGCUUCUGCUGGCUUUGAGAACCACUGUACCCAGGAGACAUGAGUGUAAAACUCACACAGGGGGCAGUUGAAGCCCUGUUCAAAGGCUCAGAGGUGAACGAUCCUGUGCUGCAGCUGCUGAACAUCCGUAAGAUCACUGGUGACACUGGACCCAGGUACCGGCUCAUAUUGAGCGACGGUCAGCACUCUUUGUCUUCCUUCCUGCUGGCCACACAGUUAAACCAUCUGCCAGAAGACAACCUCCUUGUACCUAACUGUGUGUGUAAGGUGAAGAGGACCAUCACCAACUCAUUGUCAGAUGGCAGGAUUGUGGUGAUUGUGCUGGACAUGGAGAUAUUGCAGUCGGCCGAGGAAACUGGAGGGAAGAUUGGAAAUCCCACGCUAUAUACUGUAGACAGUAAGACCUCAACUCCACAGAAGUCAGCCUCAAGUGUGUCUGUUCCAGCAUCCCCUCCAUCUGCUGCAGUACCUGGACCCUCCUAUAGGAACAGCAGUGCAGCCCUUUCUCCUCCCAGAGGCAGCGGAAGAGGGUUUUUUGGAAAGUCACCCAUGAAGACUUCCCCGAUGAAGGCUUCUCCAAUGAAGGCUUCUCCAAUGACGGCUUCUCCGAUGAAGGCUUCCCCCAUGAAGUUUUCGCCCACCAAGUUUUCGCCCACAAAGUUUUCGCCCACAAAGUUUUCGCCCACAAAGUUUUCACCCAUGAAGGGUGACAGCACUUCUCCAGGUUCUUCAACAACAGUGAUUCCUAUUGCUCACCUCAACCCCUACCAAAGCAAGUGGACUAUCAGAGCCCGAGUCACCAACAAGUCCAGUAUCCGCACCUGGAGUAACUCUAAAGGAGAGGGAAAACUCUUCUCUUUUGAGACAGUAGAUGAGAGUGGAGAAAUCAAGAUCACAGCCUUCAACAAGGAGGUGGACAGGUUUUUCUCUCUAGUGGAGCAAGGCAAGGUGUACUACAUCUCUAAAGCUACACUGAAGGUGGCCAACAAACAGUACACCACAUUGAAGAAUGACUACGAGAUGACCCUCCAUGCUCAUUCAUCCAUCGUGCCCUGUGAUGACAGUCAGGGCGUACCCACACUGCACUGUGACUUUGUGCCCAUCGCAGAGCUGGAGAACAGAGACUCGGACACCAUCAUUGAUGUGAUUGGAGUGUGUACGACUGCAGAUGAUGUAUCCCGUAUCACCACUAAGACCAGCAGAGAAGUCUCCAAGAGGGCCCUCAACCUAAUAGACAACUCUGGCAAAGUGGUGGCAGUCACAUUGUGGGGAGAGGAGGCAGAGAAGUUUGACGGCUCUGGGCAGCCUGUGGUCGCCGUCAAAGGAGCUCGCUUGUCUGAUUUCGGGGGCAGAUCUCUCUCCGCUUUGUUCAGUUCAACAGUCAUGGUCAACCCAGACAUACCGGAGGCCUUUAGACUAAGGGCCUGGUAUGACCGGGAAGGCUAUGCACUCGACAGCCAAUCCCUGACAGAGACGAGAUCAGCAGGGAGUGGAGCAAAUAUGAAUUGGAAAACACUGAGUGACAUUAAGAGUGAACAAAUGGGACAUGGAGAAAAGGCGGAGUAUUUCACCUGCUUGGCGACAGUGGUGUACUUUCGUAAGGAUAAUUGUCUGUACCAGGCCUGUCCAUCCGCGGACUGCAACAAGAAGGUCACAGACCAACAGAACGGACUGUACCGCUGUGAAAAGUGUAACCGAGAGUUUCCCAACUUCAAGUACAGACUCAUACUUAAUGCCAACUUAGCGGACUUCGGGGAUAACCAGUGGGUGACAUGCUUCCAGGAGACAGCUGAGGUCUUGUUAGGUCACAGUGCAGAAACACUGGGACAGCUCAGAGACACAGACGAGGCUGCAUUUGAUGAAGUCUUCCAGAAAGCCAACUUCACAACUCACAUCUUUAAGAACAGAGCCAAGCUGGAGACGUACAACGAUGAGUGUCGAGUGAAGGUAACUGUAAUGGAAGUCCAACCAGUCGACCACAGGGAAUACAGCAGGAGACUCCUCAGCAACAUCCGCAAAUUGGCCAGAUGAACCUGGUCCCAGUCAUGAUCAGCAGCCUGGUGAUUAAACGUGUCUUCCAUUGGUCUCUGACUGGUGCCCGACUCUUUCCACCGGCGAGAUAACAGGGUAUCUAACAGAAGCAGCAGAGGGGCGGCCAGUGAUUCAUCGAUCAAAUGGCAGCCAAACAAAAGACUGAUAUUUAGUUGCUCACUUCCUUCAGCAGGCCAGUUGUUAGUCACUUGUAAUGUGAUGGAAAUGACUUUUACCUUUAUAAUUUAAUGACAUUUUAACAAAGAGGUUUGACUCUUAAUUACAUAUAACAAUGUUUUAGACCUGCUUACGUUUUUUUAAAAUGUAUUUCAUUUAUCCUAUACAUACAAGAUCACAGUUUUGUUAAUACAAGAGAUUCAUCUCUGUGUUGGUGAUGCUCAGUGUUGGUUGAGGAAGAUGUAGAUUAGUUGGAUUUCUUUUAACUUUAAUUGUUUUGUUUUAAAUAUUAAGGUAUGUAAGUAAGUGCAUGGGAGAUGCAUGUUUUAGAAUUUGUUUUAACUGUGCUCACAGUUGUUAUUUGUUUGAGUUUAAAAAAAAAAAGUGUUUGGUUUGCUGGGCUUCCAAAAAUUGUUCAACAAAGAGAGAGUGAUUAAAAGAAUGUUAAGAUACAA